AACGGUCACUGUUGAGACGGAGGAAGACGCCCCCAGCGGAUUGGCUGCACCGGGCCUCUCUGCAGCGUAGAUUGGCUGAAGCGUCGAUAGAGGGCCAGACCUUGGCAGCCGCUGCCGGAGAACCGGCUGUCCCAGAACCGAGGCAGGACAGAACCUGUGGUGCCCCGCGGCACAGAGGAGCGACAAGAUGAUCCGCCGGAAGUCCAGCCAAUUCCAGGGACUGAAAAUGCAGUCGGAGCUUGAACAGCACUACGAACUGCGGAGAGAACCCAAGAAAGACCUCAGAUCAUUGGAUGAAUCGGCCACGCGGAUGGGAACAGGUGUGCAUACCGAGUCGGGGACCGCGGCUUCGGUGAAUGCGGAUGAAGAUCCUGCAGCCAACUUGUUCCCGCCGCCACUGCCCCAGCCCCGGAUCUGCAUAUGGAAGUACCUGGACAUCCAUUCCAUGCACAGGCUGGAGAAGACAGCCAACGUUGAGGAGAUGAGGGAGGUGCUGGCCGAGCUGUUGGGGCUAGGCUCUCCUGCGCAGAGCCUUCGGGACGCCAUCACCCUGGACCUCUUCUCCCAUGCACUCAUCUUCUGCCGCCAACAAGGCUUCUCCCUGGAGCAGACAUCAACGGCUUGUGCCCUGCUCCAAGAUCUUCACAAGGCCUGUAUUGCAACCCCCUUGGGCAACGUGGAGGAAUGUUACCGCUACUUCACCAGUGUUCUUUUUUGCCAUGGAAUCAGGCGGCCCCCUUUCAGUAUCAACCUCUUUAAGGAGGAACAGCUGCUGGCCCUGGCAGAUUAUGUGGUCAACACCUACUUCCGCCACUUCAAGCUCUACAAAUACGUCUUCACACCCCAGGUACUGGGCCAUGGACUACAAGAGGCCACCCCUCAUCUCCCCCCUUUCCCUCAGUGCAGACGUCUUCCUCCCUCUUCCCAGGUGCGGCUGGAUCUAUCUUUGACUUACGUGGGGCUACAGGCACCCAAGCUCUGGCCAAAGGAUGAGACGGAGAAAGAAGAGGGCGAAGAGGUGGAGGAGCAGGCAGUCACCCCAGAGGAGGAGGAACCGGAAACAGUGGUCCAGCCAGAGCCAGAGCCAAGCCAGGUCUCCGUCCUCCGGGCCUACAUCAAGACCCAGAUGAACAAGGAACUGGAGCAGCUCCAACAACUGGUGGAGGAACGGCUCAAGGCCAGUGAGGAAAGGCUCGGCAGCAAGCUGACCGCACUCGAGCGGCCCCUCCAGCUACCUCCAGGCAAAGGCAAGAACAAGACCAAGUGACCCCCAGCGUCUUCCCCAAUAAAGGCCUGGACCAAAGUGGCCCUA